AUGCGACGUUUGUGUUCAGGUAAAUUUGAAAAUGCAGUUUUUUCAGCUUUUUCACGUUAAGCUUAAAAUUACUAUCUGGAAUAGAAAACUCUGUUUUAAUUUUUUUGAAAGGUACAGAAAGAUGAAUGAGAUGCCAAACUAGCUUUUCAAAAAAAGUUUUUUCUUUAAUUGUUUUUUUUUCAGUCCAAUUGAAUCAAAAAAAACCUUAGUAUUUCAUGAAAAAGCCUAAAAACCCGUCUUAUUCAGAUAAAAAGGGCCAAGACCGGAAUUCCGAAACAUAGAAUUAGCCAUCCUUCGGAGUUAUUAAAACUUAAAACUUGUCUGGAAAAAAUAUAAGACUAAAAAACGUAAUGAGCUGGGAAAAUCCUGCAUCUAUUGCACUCAAAAAAGUCUCAGUGUCCUCGUUUGACGAGAUUUUCUCACGUUUUUUGGUCCACUGAUCAGAGCCACGAGACUUGAAAUCUAUUUCCAGUUGAAUUAUAUAAGUGCUAUGAGAAAAAAAAAUUUCAUACAUUUUUCAAAAGCAAAAACCAGAAAAUCAAGCUAUAUAUUUCAUUCGCAAUGGGUACAGGAGUACACGGCGGGAACUCAUUACUACGAUAAAAGUUAGGAGAAUUCUUACUCGCUAACCUUUGCCGGAUUCAUGUUCCGAACAUUUUUCUAAGAUUUAUCAAGCCUUCAUUUAUAUAAUUCCUGAGUUUCGUCGAGAAAUUUAGACAAUAACAAAUAUGGCGACUCUCAAAAAGGACCGCAUCACAGUUUUGGCUCUUCAGAACUUUGUCUCCAAAUUUCCUUUUGGCUUUGCUUACACAAGAUGUUAAAUCUCCGGGUCAUCAAUUUUUUUUGAGGGAUUAGUAGAGACCAAUAAAACACUGGAAAAAGAUCUCGACUUUCAAAGUAACAUCAUUGCUCAUCAAGUGGACUGAACAGCAAGUCUACGAUUAAUCCAACCACGCCUCUUUGAAGCUCAAAUUUGUUCGUAGUUUGGUAGCUUUUAUUCUCAAAAAUAGUAUAUCAUACCUCUUCCUUAGCUCAUUUAUCCAUUUUCACAACCUCAAAAAGUUGUUCUUCAGAUUUUUGACUCUGUACUCUAUAUCCGGCAGUUUUAAAAAGACAAAAACUUCCAUGAAUGGGAAAAAAGCCCCGGUUUAAAGAAAAAAAUUCCUCAGGCCGCAAAUUGGAAACGCAGCUGUUAAGUAUAGGCUUGGGUAUAAAAAUUAAAUUUUUCUUUAUUUUUCUGCAGACGGAAAAUUAUAGGGAUUUUUCUUCGUACCAAGUACAACUUCUCUUCAAAAAAAAGACAAAAAAUGUUCAGAAAUCGGAAUUUUUUGCUGCAAGUGUGAAAGAUCAAGGAAAAAACACUGAGCGUUGAAGAAAGUUUUUGUUUUUUGAAAAACAAGCUGAAAAAACUUUUGAAGCAGGUGGGAAUAUUAUGGAAAAGGUUUCCGUACUUUGAUUUUCAUGUUAAAGUGACGCUUUCUCGAUAAUAUUGAAGAGCAAGUUCAAAAAAAAACCGGGCUUUUUUUCGAAUAGAUUUCUUUUCAGCCAUCAUCAUAAUCGCCGUCUUCUCUACCUUCAUCAAUGGAGCGAAAAGUCCACUCGAACAAAAGCUGUUCAAGAACUACGAUCCGAAGCAUCGACCGGUGAAACAAGACUCGACGACGACUCAAGUCGCCGUGUAUCUGAGUAUCGGCCACAUUGAGAAAGUGGUUCGUUCCUAAUGACUUGAAUCGAAAAUGAACAGAAAUAAUUCAAUGGCUCUUGACGAGAUUUCAAAAUCUGAAAGCGGAAAUGAAAAAAGAGGGAAAAAGAUUUUAGGUUGCUGUACGGGAAGUGUUUGCACAACUAGGCACAACAGGCAAUUUAUUUGACGCCAACUUUUAUUUUAUUUUUUGUCAGUUUUCGAAAUUUAUCCAGUUUUUUUUCCUUUUUUUCCAUUAUGUAAUCCUUUUUAUAUUCAUUUAAUUAUGUUCAAUAGUUUACCUCACGUUUUUUGACUGAAUAAAGCCUUUUUGACGAUAUAUCCGCCAAACCUCGCAGUUUUAAAUUUUUUGGUGUCGAUUUCAUUUUGAAAUAAUAUCAAUUUCAGGAUGAAUAUGAACAAACAAUGCUUGUCCACGGAUACCUGUGGGCCACCUGGACCGAUGAGUAUCUGAAUUGGACGCCGGCUGAAAAUAACAACGUGACGAUGCUUCAAAUAGAUUCCUGGCAAAUAUGGCAACCCGCCUUGGCUCUCUAUAAUAGGUAGAGUUUGAGAAAUUCAGCUUUCUAGGGAGAUUUUUCAUAAAAAGUUUAAUUUUUAAGUAGAAAAUAACUUGUUUUGCUACUUUUUCUUGAAAAAGGACAAUUCCUCUGAACAGUUUUGAAAAUAAAAGCGAAUUUUUCCAGCGCCCGUGGUAAUUCCUGGCACCUCUACAUGCACGGGCUACCUUCUACGGUGUUCUCCAGCGGAAAAGUUUGAAAAAUAGGAAAAACUCGACGAAAAAUGAUUAUUUUGAGGUUUGGGCCAGCGGCUCAUUUUCGUUUUUCGUCACUUGCCAAUUUGAUUUCAGCGAAUGGCCAUAUGAUACUCAGGUAAUAAAACAAAGAGUCUUCUUCGAAAAAAAUUAUUUGGGCUGAAAAAAAGACUUUUUCGAGUUUAUUUAAAUAAAAAAAUUUAAGAAAUGGGCAAAACUUGAUGUUUUUGUCAAAAAGAAAUCAGUCAAAAACGGAAAAAAAUAUUAGGCUUCUCAAUUUUUUUCAACUUGGAAUCCGAUUUUCUUAAAUUUUUAGAUUUUUUUCAUCCCUAUAUUAGAAAUUUUUCCGCAAAAAUUCAGAAAUUCCGUACAUUUCCCAUUGCAGUCCUGCCCAAUCGUCAUCGCCGACUGGGUCUACGACCUGUCAAGGGUCAACUUAAGUGAUCCCUCCGGAAAACCGGCCGUUCGACUUUCCUAUGAUCCUCUGGGUGAUGCCAACGCAAAGAAACAUGUUUCUGGUAAUUUUUUUGAUUUUUAUAAAAAAAUUUAGGAGUAUCAAAAAAAGUUUUAA